GUCAAAACUUCAGCUCUUGACCAUCGCUGCAAGUACUUUCCACUGGUCCACUCACAUCCACAAACCCACCUACCAUCAGUCAGCAUCAUGGCUCAAUCAUACUGGAUCCAAACCGAAGACUGGCACACGGCGGGUGAGCCGUUUCGAAUCGUCGACCAGCUUCCAUCUGGAUCCCUCCCAAAUGCGUCCACCGUAGCAGAGCGCCGCUUCGCCAUUCUCAAGACCCCCAAUCACCCCCUCGACACUCUGCGCCAGCAGCUUUGUCAUGAACCACGAGGCCACUCUGAUAUGUACGGAGGCUUUAUCACACCGCCCAACGACUCCGGUGCGCACUUUGGCGUCUUGUUCUGGCACGCUGAGGGCUUCUCUACGGCGUGCGGUCACGGGACUAUAGCUUUGGGGUACUGGGCCGUCACAAAAGGAUUGGUAAAGGCACCGGAGGGGGAUGGGGUGGUGGAUGUUGUUGUUGAUGUCCCAUCUGGUCGUGUUAUAGCCACUGUUGCCAUUAAGCAGGGCAAGCCAGUGCAAGCGGACUUUGUCAACGUGUUGAGUUUUCAACUAGCAAAAGGGCUGUCCGUUGAGAUACCGUCAAGGGGUGUCAGCAUCACUGCGGAUCUGACGUUUGGUGGUGCGGUGUACGCGACAGUUGAUGCAGCGCAGUUUGGUCUGAGAGUUGAGCCGAAGAACGCAAAUCAGUUCAUUGAGUUGGGGAGGGAAAUCAAAAAGAGUCUAGGAACGAGAGCGCAUUAUGGGACGUAUGAUUGCUAUGGUGUGAUCUUCUUCCACGAAGAUGAUGAGAGCGCGGACCCAGUACGACAAGUCAAUGUCACCGUCUUCGCUGAUGGGCAGAUCGACCGCUCUCCUUGCGGUUCUGGAACGUGUGCAAGGCUGGCGGUGCUGUUCGCGGAAGGCAGACUGGGUGCUGGACGAUCGAAGCUGAUACAUGGUUCAAUUGUAGGGUCGACGUUCGAGGGUGACAUCGUAUCAGAAGAGAAGAGUCCCAUCGAGGGUGGCGCACCGGCGUGUAUACCGAGAGUGCGAGGCCAUGCGAAUCUGGUUGGGCGGAUGAACUUUUUUAUCGAUCCGGAAGAUCUCGUACUGCCGUUUACACUGCGAUGAGACUCGUUGCUGUCUCGCAAUACUACAAAUCACAUUCAACUACUCAAGUCCCUGUACUCAAAGCUUUACUAUACGCCACACCGAA